AUGGCCACUACCGCCCAAUCCGUCCGGGGGACAGCCGAUCUAUCCAAGAUCGAGGCACCCAUCACCUGGAAAGCGUAUCUCUGCUGCGUCUCUGCGGCCUUUGGGGGUAUCUUCUUUGGCUAUGAUAUUGGCUGGAUGGGCGGAGUGCUUGGCAUGCCCUACUUCAUCCAACAGUAUACUGGCAUGGAGUAUGACUUUAACGCCAAUGCUCCUGUCGAUGGCUCUCGCGCUUUCGCCAUUACGUCCUCAGACAAGUCUCUUAUGACAUCAAUCCUGUCGCUGGGAACCUUCCUAGGUGCACUUGUCGCCGGCGACCUUGCGGACAUGGUGGGUCGUCGUAUCACUAUCCUUAUGGGAUGCGCCAUCUUCUCCGCCGGCGUGGUCCUGCAGAUCGCCAGUAGUGGCCAGUUAGCUGUUAUGACCAUCGGAAGACUCGUUGCUGGACUGGGCGUCGGGUUUGAAUCUGCCGUCAUCAUCUUGUAUAUAUCCGAAAUCUCUCCCAAGAAGAUCCGCGGUGCUGUUGUUUCUGCUUACCAGUUCUGCAUCACCAUUGGCCUCCUUUUGGCAAAUUGCGUCGUCUACGGGACGCAAAACUUAAGCAACACUGCAUCUUACCGCAUCCCAAUCGGCAUUCAAUUUCUUUGGGCCAUUAUUCUUGCUGGUGCUCUGUUCAUUUUGCCUGAAUCACCCCGAUACUUUGUCAAGAAAGGAAAGAUUCAACAGGCGGCCGAAUCUCUUGCGUAUAUUCGGGGACAGCCUACUAGUUCUGAAUACAUUCAGGAUGAGCUUGCAGAGAUCGUCGCAAAUCACGAGUACGAGUCGACCGUCACACCCGAUAAUGGCUACAUCAACUCAUGGCUUGUCUGUUUCAAGGGGCCUAUCAGCAAACCCAGCUCCAAUAUCCGCAGGACCAUCGUAGGAGCCGGAAUUCAAGGCAUGCAGCAACUUUCAGGCAUGAACUUUAUAUUCUACUACGGAACUACCUUCUUUCAGCAGCUAGGAACCAUCUCAAACCCAUUCCUCAUCUCUCUGAUCACAACCUUGGUCAAUGUCCUCUCUACUCCCCUGGCCUUCUGGACGAUCGAACGGUUCGGCCGCAGACCCCUACUCGUCUAUGGUGGUAUUGGCAUGUUUCUGAUGCAGUAUAUAAUUGGUGCUGUUGGAACUGCCCAGCCCAAAAACGAGACGGCAGUCAAGGGCAUGAUUGCAGUCAUCUGCUUCCAGAUUUUCUUCUUUGCUACAACCUGGGGACCUGCGGCAUGGGUCGUUGUGGGGGAGGUUUUCUCUCUGCCUAUUCGCUCCCGUGGGGUCGCCAUCUCGACGGCUUCGUGCUGGUUCUGGAACUGCGUACUCGCUGUCAUCGCUCCGUAUAUGACUGGCGAUGAGAAGGGCGCAGUCAAUCUCGGACCCAAAGUAUUCUUCUUCUGGGGUUCACUCUGCUUGCUAGGCGCUAUGUUUUCUUACUUCUUUAUCCCCGAGAUGAAGGGUCUCUCCCUCGAACAGGUUGACCGCAUGCUUGAAGAGACGAGCCCACGGAAGAGUGCGAAGUGGGUGCCUACCAGUACGUUUGCCCAGGAGAUGGGUCGCACUGAGAAGAGCGCUACUGUUCAUGCCGAGGACAACGAAGUUUGA